CAACUGUCAAAUUUAUUUAGCAAAAGCAAAAAUAUUUUUUGCAAUAUUUUUCUGAGGGACAAGAAAAGGUAAAAAAGUGAGAUCCAAUAUAAUAAAACUAUUGAUUUCUUCAAAUCAAUGUCUUUGAUAAAAAAGACUCGAAAUGAUGCAGUCAAAGCUGCAGUUACUUCAUACCUUGAACGUCGAAAUUACCCGGACCUCGAUUUGUUUAGUAGCAAUAAUUCAUUGAAUAGAAGCGCUGAACAAAUGGCAGUCGCCACAAUAGUACAGUGUGAAUCCAGCAGAGCAAAUUCCAUCUUGUUCUCUUGCAUCAAUAGUGAUCCUGGCCAGUAUGAUGUUCAGUACACAAAAUUAGUAAACUUCAUCAAAGAGAUAAAUGUGGAGAAAGUUAAAAAUGAAUUACUUGGCUUACUAUGUCCGUUGCUCUGCCAUCUCUACCUUGAGAUGCUGAGGGGAGGCCAUGGUGGUCAAGCUCAAAUGUUUCUCAAAAGGCACUCAGCCACAUUGCCCCAAAAAGACCUCUCCUACCAUCAACCAAUAGAUGGCAACCUUCCCUCUGCUUUAUACCGGCCCAACAGUUUAGAACAACUGUUCAAUUCGUUGCAAAAUGGCACAAUUGAUAAUGAAACUCCUGAGAAAGAUUUCAUGAAUCAAAUACUCGAUGAUAUUGGUUCUAUUUACACAUUACAAGAAGUAGAAACAAGGCCUUCUAUUGCUGCAUUUAGAUCAUGCAAAUACGAUAUUUACCUGUCUCAAGAUGCUCUCAACAUGCUCAAAAGCUAUUUGGCCAAGCAAGGGCAUGUCUUAUUGAUACAAGUACUGCAGACUUGGUUUCACAUUGAUAUAAAUAGUGACACCAAUAAAAAGAAUUCAGAUGAUGAAGAUCAAAUGGAAGAAGAAAUAAAUGCCACAAGAAUGAAUACAGAAGAGAAAGUUCCUGAUGUAAAUGACAUAUUCUCAAAAUGUAAUGGCCACACAGAAUACCCAAUUGUUGAUAAAGAAUUAAGAGAAUUGCAAGAUGCUAUAAGGGGGGUAAGAGAGUCCAUGGCGCCACUUAAACUUUAUAAAGUAGCUGCACCUGAUUCUCACUUAAUAUGUGCUACGACAGAUCUGAACUGCAAUUUGCUAUGUGGUGGCUUUAGCAACUCAGAAAUUAGGAUAUGGGACCUUGGACAAAAUAAUGUGAAGCGCAUAGUGAACCGCAAUAUAUCAGAGUUUGAAUUAGCCUGUUUUGUUCCACCUGAACCUACACCUGAGGAUAACACUUUACAAGUGAACACAGGGCAGCCUCUUAGAGGUCACACGGGUCCCAUCCAAGCGGUGAAGGUGCUAGCUCAGGAGCAAUUGAUCCUGUCUGUCUCGCAUGAUAACACGAUGAGAGCGUGGCGACUUUUCGACUACUCUUGCGCAUCUGUUUACAGGGGCCACAACUAUCCAAUUUGGUGCAUGGAUAUUGCAGAAAAUUCACCAUUCAUAGUAACAGGAUCUCACGACAGAACUGCGAAGCUUUGGUCCCUAGAUAGAACAUUCCCAGUCAGGGUAUUUGUGGGGCACAAUUCCGAUGUCACGGCCGUAAAGUUCCACCCAAAUGAGGCGUACAUAGCGACAGGUGGGGCAGACCGCUCCGUGCGUCUAUGGACCGUGUGCGACGCGCGUCUAGUGCGGGUGUUAUGGGGACACCGUGGCGUGGUGCGAGCGCUCGCAUUCGCACCGUCUGGCGACUACCUCGCCAGCGCUGGUGAUGAUAAGAAAAUAAAGAUAUGGGAUUUAGGAACUUGCACCAGUGUGCAUGAACACAGGGGACACCAUGGAAAGAUCACUGCCCUCGACUGGUCAGCUGUGGGGAAAGCCAGUCUUACAAACAGAGUCCAGUCUGAUCCAAGUGAUUUGUCCAUAGAGAAUUCACUUCUCUGCUCUGCUGGAAUGGAUGGAGUAGUCAAAGUUCUAUGGGACAAUCAUCCUAAAAACAAACAAGUAUCCAGCCAAGAUGUGCAGUCUGCAACUUACAACACAAAAUGCUCAUAUCUGGUAGAUGUACAAGUCCAUCCUGACUGGGUGGUCGCGAUUGGAACAAAAAGAUAAACAUACUGUCACAACUUUAAUAUGUAUUAAAAUAAGUUCAAUAUUUA